AUGCGAGCCUCUGAUCCCUUGUCCAACAAGCCUGCAGAUGCUAUAAAGGUCAAAGAUGUUGGAAAGGGCUUGACACACAAACUGACACUAGGAAAUACAGUCAAUACCUUCAGUAACAACCUACCACUCCAGCCAUACUCCACUACUGAGACAGGAAAAGCUUUUCCGAAUGCACUUCAAUCACUUCCAAACGACACUCUCAAAGGACACAAUUUCCGUACUUGCAAGUCUGUGAUGCUGUUCAAUGGGGAUGUUUGUCAGAUAGGAGACUGGGUCCUCACAGCGAAGGGCACAGCUGAGCAGUCUCUGAUUGUAGCAUAUGCAAUUCUUCUGGAAUGUGGACGUGUUGGUGAACCAGCAGCACCCUACUCUAUGCCUGCAGUCAGGGCUCAUGGUGGGUUUUUACUCUAUCCUGUUGAGCAAAUUUUAUGCGCAGCAAAUCUGCAGCAUCAAUGGCAAGCACACGGCUGCACAGGCUUGGCUUCUGACAUCGAGUUUGUUUACGAAGAAUGGACAAAGACAUCAAAAGCUAAAGUUGCCAUACAUCAUAUUGGGGACCCUGAUGACCUUGUUCUCAACACUGCACACAUGCGAGAUGCAAAGCACAUGCAGGGUCUUUGGGUACCUAUUCAGCCACCAGAUAUGAACCUCGCAAUCCUUGAGGGUGGAGAUUCAGAUGCAUAA